AUGGAGUUUAAAUAUAAAUUGAUAUUAAUAGUUAUAGUUUAUUUACCAGUACUAAUUACAGGUCACGUGACAGAGUUCCUCAAAGUUAAAAAUCGCGAUUUUCCAAUGGCUGUAGAAGUUAACGAUGCACAAAAAAAGUGGAGAUAUGAUCGGAUAGAUCUCACAUUAGUUAAAAGUAAUGAACAAAACAAAAAUUAUGUUCAAAAUAGAUUCAGAAUAAUAGCAGGUCAUUAUUCUAUAAGAGGAGUUCCUGAAAGUUAUGCAGAGUUAGGUGAAAAUUAUACAUUACAAUGUAAUGUUACAGAUUCACCUAUUGCUAUAGAUUUCCGUAGAAACAAUAUUGUUGUAUGUAAUAUGAUAAACUGUGGGAGUAGUUCAACAGAUAAUAGAUAUAAAUGUGGAUGUAUAAAUAAUAACAACAAACAACUAUAUCUCAAUAUAAGUAUUAUAAAUAUACAAGAUGAUACAACAUGGUCUUGUAGAGGUAAUUCUGGUGGACAAGGAUCAACUACUGUUCCAGUUUAUUAUGGUCCAGAGAAUAUAAGAUUUAACUCAACUAGUGAUAAUAUAGAUGUUAUAGAAGGAAAGAGUCAGAGUGUCAACUGUUUAGCUGAUUGUAAACCAGAUUGUAAUAUCACCUGGUCUAAAGAUGGUUCAACGACAAUUCUAAAUAACAUUUUAUCACUUAGUACUAGAAAUCAAACUGGUUCUUAUACCUGUACAGUUAGACAUACUGUAUUAAAUAAACAACUUACAAAACAACUUAAUGUUCAGAUUUAUUAUGGGCCUGAUAGACUUACUUUCUCACCAGAUGUAACAAGUAUCAAUAUAAUAGAAGAUGGUCCAGAUGAACUUACUUUCUCACCAGAUGUAACAAGUAUCAAAAUAAUAGAAGAUGGUCCAGAUAAACUUACUUUCUCACCAGAUGUAACAAGUAUCAAUAUAAUAGAAGGUAGAGAUCAAACUAUAACAUGUUUAACUGAUUGUUAUGAAUGUAAUUAUAAAUGGACUGGACCUGUUACAUCACCAACUAAAGAUCUUGUAUUGACUCAAAUAAAAAGAAAUCAGGAAGGAAACUAUAGAUGUGAAGCUACCAAUAUUAAAAAUACCAACCCUAAAACAAGAUCUAAAUCUAUACAAGUUAAUGUACAUUAUCCACCUGAUAUAACCAGUGUAACAUCUGAUGCUGUAAAUAACACAGCUAGUGAAGGUUCUGAUGUUAUAUUUAACUGUAAUGUUGAUAGUAAACCAGUAUCUACUGUAACCUGGUCAUCUUCUACUAGUACUGAUACUAACACUGGUCAACAGUGGACAUUAACACAAGCAAAAUGUCAGGAUACAGGAAUCUAUACAUGUACAGCUAAUAAUGGUAUUGGUCAAUCAACUACUAAAUCCUUACCAUUAAAUAUUAGAUGUAAGUUUAUGUUAAAUCAGUAUACUAUAAUCUAUACAUGUACAACUAAUAAUGGUAUUGGUCAGUCAACUACUAAAUCUUUACCAUUAAAUAUUAGAUGUCAAUAUACUAUAAGAGGAGUUCCUGAAAGUUAUGCAGAGUUGGGUGAAAAUUAUAGAUUACAAUGUAAUGUUACAGAUUCACCUUCUGGUUUAGAUUUCCGUAGAAACAAUAUUGUUGUAUGUAAUAUGAUUAAUUGUGAGAGUCAAUCAAUAGAUAAUAGAUAUAAAUGUGGAUGUAUCAAUAAUAACAACAAACAACUAUAUCUCAAUAUAAGUAAUAUAAAUAAACAAGAUGAUACAACAUGGUCUUGUAGAGGUAAUUCUGGUGGACAAGGAUCAACUAAUGUAUCAGUUUAUUAUGGUCCAGAGAAUAUAAGAUUUAACCCCACUAGUGAUAAUAUAGAUGGUAUAGAAGGAAAGAGUCAGAGUGUCAACUGUUUAGCUGAUUGUAAACCAGAGUGUAACAUCACCUGGUCUAAAGAUGGUUUAACAACAAUUCUAAAUAACCGUUUAUCACUGAGUACUAGAAAUCAAACUGGUUCUUAUAACUGUACAGUUAAACAUAUCGUAUUAAAUAAACAACUUACAAAACAACUUAAUGUUCAGAUUUAUUAUGGGCCUGAUAGACUUACUUUCUCACCAGAUGUAACAAGUAUCAAUAUAACAGAAGAUGGUCCUGAUGAACUUACUUUCUCACUAGAUGUAACAAGUAUCAAUAUAAUAGAAGAUGGUCCUGAUGAACUUACUUUCUCACUAGAUGUAACAAAUGGUCCUGAUGAACUUACUUUCUCACUAGAUGUAACAAGUAUCAAUAUAAUAGAAGAUGGUCCUGAUAAACUUACUUUCUCACCAGAUGUAACAAGUAUCAAUAUAAUAGAAGGUAGAGAUCAAACUAUAACAUGUUUAACUGAUUGUAAUAAAUGUAAUUAUAAAUGGACUGGGCCAGUUUCAUCAUCAACUAAAGAUCUUGUAUUGACUCUAAUAAAAAGAAAUCAGGAAGGAAACUAUAGAUGUGAAGCUACCAAUAUUAAAAAUACCAACCCUAAAACAAGAUCUAAAUCUAUACAAGUUAAUGUACAUUGUAAGUAUCUAAUUCAAUAUAUUACCCACCUCUGA